AGCCUAGUGGCAAUAGUGGCAUGCCUGCCGAACUCGUUAUCAAACGCUAUCAAAGAGCACGAAUCACACAAAUUGUAAUUUCUCAAGUGCGGCAGAUCUUACAACUUGAAAAAUUAAUAUUUUUCUAUAUUUCUUCUCGUCUCGAACAUGAAAAUGACGCCGAGGAAGGUAUCUACAAAGUCGGGAAAUUGAGAGAGUCUGAAGGUUUUUCAGCUAUUUAUUAAUAUUACAAGUUUAGCAGACCUAACCUAAAAAGAUGAACAAAACCAAUCAAUCCUGGAAAGAAAUGGGUAUCAAAGAUCCCAAGGAACGAAUCAAGGCUCUUACAGAGCAUGCCUCGAAAGUAGAAAUUGAUCCGAAUAUUGCGCCUAAAAGAUAUUAUCGCACUGGAGUGGAAAUGGUCAGAUUAGCGAACAUGAACAUGCAAGACGGCAGCUAUGAGAAUGCAUUUACGCUAUAUAUGAAAUUUAUAACCAUUUUUGUGGAUAAGAUAAGGAGUCAUCCACAGUAUGAUAGUGUAUCAGCGAAGGACAGAGCGAUGAACAGGGAUGCUUUACGAAUAGUUAUGCCUAAAGCUGAGAAACUGAAGGAACAGUUAUUGGAUCAAUAUCAAGCAGAGUUUGACAAGUAUUCAGAAGAUUUGAAGGAAAGGGAAAGGAUUGAGAAGGAACGUUUGAGGCAAGAAGAACUUCAAAGGCAGAAGGAAGAAGAAAACAGAAGGAACAAAAUGGCUGCUCUGGCUGCUGUUAAAGCCGCUAAGGCUGCUAUUACUGCGAAUGUACCAGCGGAGACAAAACAAUUGCCUUCCAUUGCACCGAAAGCUGUGAUAAGCCUCACGAAUGAUGAUAAAGCAUUUAAAACCUCCAAGGAUACAAAAACACCGACAGUGGAUCGUUCUACAAAACCUUCCUUAUUAACGAGCGACGGAUUAUCUCUACGCGACGUUAUCCUGCCGACUAAAUUAAUGCACAGCUUUUUGGCGCUCGCUUUUAGCAACACGACGAGCAAUAAAGAAACAUGCGGCAUCUUAGCUGGACGACUGGAGCGAAACAAAUUGAUGGUAACGCAUCUUCUGAUGCCGGAACAAACUGGCACCCCAGAUUCUUGUACUACACAUAACGAAGAAGAUAUCUUCGAUUAUCAGGAUCAGCAUAAUCUUAUCACUCUCGGCUGGAUUCAUACACAUCCUACGCAGACUGCAUUUUUGUCGAGCGUUGAUCUUCAUACGCACUGUGCUUAUCAGUUGAUGAUGGCGGAAGCUAUAGCGAUAGUUUGCGCGCCCAAAUACGAUGAAACGGGAUUCUUCAUCUUAACACCUGAUUACGGCUUAGAUUUUAUCGCAAAUUGCAGAGAAACAGGAUUUCAUCCACAUCCUAGUGAACCGCCGUUAUAUACGAAAGCAAGACACUACAAAUUAGAUGUAAUGGCACUCCAAGUCGUAGAUUUACGAAGAAAAUGAUACAUCUCGGAUACGAGAUAAUUAUUUCACCGAGAAAAAUAUUUUUAAUUAAAUCUUGAAAAAUAGCAAUUUACAAUAAAAAUCGCGAGUCUUAUUACGCGAUUAGCGCAUAAUUACACAAUAUUGAAAAUCUAUGACCAGUGAAUACUCUAAUCACAAUGAAAAUGCUAUGAAACAUUAAUAUUUUAAAAAUAUGUUAUAUUUAACAUUCACAUAAGAUUUAUAAUAUAUUAAUUGUUCUUGCAGACAAAGACAUACAAGAAGAGAUCAUUACAAAUUAUUAUACUGGAAGUUAGGACGAAAUGAAAUAUUAUAAUGAAUUAAUAAUUAUUAACUU